AUACCAAAAAACAGGGCUUCAAUGCAAUUGCCCCGUUUGUUGCUGGCAAUUUUUCUCAACCUCUGCAAAAACCCAAUCAAAAUCGCCAUUAGGCUUGAGUGACAAAAAAACAAGUAGUUUCGGAGGGAGGAUUCACUCGUCAGGAAACAUUUUACUUAACCAAUCUCUGUUUGCUUUGGAAUUGGGAGGCUGUAGGGUGAGCGCGAGACUGUCGGAGUCUCGGAGACUGCAGUCACGAGCCCUAUCAGUCGGAAUACAGUAUUUUUGACAAGAUUAUUAUUAGUAUCGUUACAUUUCUAGUUUAGACUAUUAAUUGUACUAUUGUCUUUAAGUGAUGCGUUAGACAAUGAAAAACAAGGAAAUGCGAUUUCAUUUUAGACAGGCAUUUUUGGUGAUAUAUACUAACAUUUUAUAGCUAACGUUAACUAGCAGACGGAUAAUUGCCUGAAGCUUGCUAGGUAAUAGAUUGCUAGGCCAUUCGUCACAUAGAAAACGUUUUUUGACAAUACGUUGGCUGGUUAGUUAUCAAUUCUUCGCCGUAUCAUGGCGAUGUCGUAUUAGGUACCAAUAUAAACUUUGUGUUUCAGAGCUUGGGGUGAGUUGCAAGCAGCAAACGUAGCUGUCAACUCGGCUUGUUAUUGGUUAGCUCUCUGUAGAGCUUGCCACCGAGUGGAUAGAGCCAUUCUGAAUGAACAGUGAGCCAGUUAGCCAGACACUAAUAGCAAACUCGUCGCUCAGCGUCAUCAGAAUAACUUGGCUAGGUUGGUAGCUUGCUAGCAAGCUGGCUAACUAUCCUGCUACGGCUGGAGUAGGAGUUUUUAUAAACAACUCGGUCACUAGCUAGUUCGCUUACAUUAGCAAUACAGUUGUGUGUAUUUAAACCAUAAAAAAUAUCGAAAAUGCCGGCUGUGUCGAAGGGAGACGGAAUGCGAGGAUUAGCAGUGUUCAUUUCGGACAUACGAAAUUGUAAGAGUAAGGAAGCGGAGAUCAAGCGCAUUAACAAGGAGCUGGCCAACAUCCGCUCCAAGUUUAAAGGUGACAAAGCGCUGGAUGGCUACAGCAAGAAGAAGUAUGUCUGCAAACUCCUGUUCAUCUUUCUGUUGGGCCAUGACAUCGACUUUGGCCACAUGGAGGCUGUCAACCUGCUCAGCUCAAAUAAGUACACAGAGAAGCAGAUUGGGUACCUGUUCAUUUCAGUGCUCGUGAACAGCAACAGCGAGCUCAUCCGUCUCAUCAACAAUGCCAUCAAGAAUGACCUGGCCAGCAGGAACCCCACCUUCAUGUGUCUGGCCCUGCACUGCAUUGCCAAUGUGGGCAGCAGGGAGAUGGCAGAGGCCUUUGCUGGGGAGAUCCCCCGCAUCCUGGUGGCUGGGGACACGAUGGACAGUGUGAAGCAGUCUGCUGCCCUGUGUCUUCUGCGUCUGUACAAGACGUCUCCUGACCUGGUCCUAAUGGGCGAGUGGACCUCCCGGGUGGUCCACCUGCUCAACGAUCAGCACAUGGGAGUUGUGACAGCAGCGAUUUCCCUCAUCACCUGUCUCAGCCAGAAAAACCCAGAUGAGUUCAAGACCUGUGUGUCUUUGGCCGUGUCUCGACUUAGCAGGAUUGUGUCCUCUGCCUCAACGGACCUUCAGGACUACACGUACUACUUUGUUCCGGCUCCCUGGUUGUCCUGCAAGCUUUUACGACUACUGCAGUGCUAUCCCCCGCCAGAGGAUGGCGCUGUGAAGGGCAGGCUGGUUGAGUGUCUGGAAACAAUCCUCAACAAGGCUCAGGAGCCACCUAAAUCGAAGAAGGUCCAGCAUUCCAAUGCAAAGAAUGCCAUUCUCUUUGAGGCCAUCUCUCUCAUCAUUCACUAUGACAGUGAGCCCAACUUGCUGGUGCGUGCCUGUAAUCAGCUGGGCCAGUUCCUGCAGCACCGUGAGACCAACCUGCGCUACCUGGCCCUGGAGAGCAUGUGCACGCUGGCCAGCUCUGAGUUCUCCCACGAGGCUGUCAAGACCCACAUAGAGACAGUGAUCAACGCUCUCAAGACGGAGAGGGAUGUCAGUGUGAGGCAGAGGGCUGCAGACUUGCUGUACGCCAUGUGCGACCGCAGCAACGCCAAGCAGAUCGUGGCCGAGAUGCUGAGCUACCUGGAGACUGCGGAUUACUCCAUCAGGGAGGAGAUGGUGUUGAAAGUGGCCAUUCUGGCAGAGAAGUACGCUGUGGAUUAUUCCUGGUAUGUGGACACCAUUCUGAACCUGAUCCGCAUCGCGGGGGACUAUGUCAGUGAGGAGGUGUGGUACAGAGUCAUCCAGAUCGUCAUCAACAGGGAUGACGUGCAGGGCUAUGCCGCCAAGACUGUGUUUGAGGCCCUGCAGGCCCCAGCGUGUCAUGAGAAUAUGGUGAAGGUUGGGGGCUACAUCCUCGGAGAGUUCGGCAACCUCAUCGCGGGGGACCCUCGUUCCAGUCCUCUCAUCCAGUUCAACCUGCUGCACUCCAAGUUCCACCUGUGCUCGGUGCCCACCCGCGCCCUCCUGCUCUCCGCCUACAUCAAGUUCAUCAACCUCUUCCCCGAGACCAAGGCCACCAUCCAGGAGGUGCUGCGCUCGGACAGCCAGAUCCGCAACUCGGACGUGGAGCUGCAGCAGAGGGCCGUGGAGUACCUCAAGCUCUCGUCCAUCGCCAGCACCGACGUCCUGGCUACAGUCCUGGAAGAGAUGCCCCCCUUCCCUGAGAGGGAGUCAUCGAUCCUGGCCAAGCUGAAGAAGAAGAAGGGCCCGGGGGCGGUUUCUGUGUCUGAGCUGGAGGACGGGAAGAGAGAGGGAGAGCUGAAUGGAGCAGGGGAGAGGGGCACCGAUGCCUCGGCUAUCGCCACCUCCAAUGCGUCCACUCCAUCCCCGUCAGCUGAUCUAUUAGGACUUCGCUCGGCAGCCCCGGUUGGUUCAGCUCCUCCCAGUGCUGGCAGUCUAUUGGUUGACGUGUUUUCAGAGGCAGGACCUGCUGCUCCUUCAGCUGCGGUAAAUGAUGACAACUUCCUCAGUGAUCUGGAACCUCCCACUGAAAACUCUGACUCACUAUUGGUUGAGGGUCCCAGUGAAUCAGACUCUGCCCCUUCCUCCUCUUCUCUUGGCUCUGAGGAUCCCGCUCCACCUCUCCCUGAAUCAGAUGAGCUCCUGAACAAGUUUGUGUGCAAGAAUAAUGGGGUUCUUUUUGAAAAUCAGCUGCUUCAGAUUGGGAUCAAAUCCGAGUACCGCCAGAACCUGGGGCGGAUGUACUUGUUCUAUGGAAAUAAGACUUCAGUUCAGUUUGUCAGUUUCAGCACUGCUGUCAGCUGCCCAGGGGAGCUGCAGUCUCAGCUCAACCUACAGGCAAAACCUGUGGAGCCUCUGGUGGAGGGUGGUGCUCAGGUGCAGCAAGUUAUCAACAUUGAGUGUCUGUCCGACUUCAGUGAGGCUCCACUGCUUAACAUCAAGUUCAGAUAUGGAGGAGCUCUACAGAACAUCACUCUGAAACUUCCCAUCACCAUCAACAAGUUCUUCCAGCCCACAGAGAUGGCCUCUCAAGACUUCUUUCAGCGCUGGAAACAGCUCAGCCUCCCUCAGCAAGAAGCGCAGAAGAUCUUCAAGGCCAACAAUGCCAUGGACACAGAGGUGCUCAAAGCCAAGUUGCUGGGUCUGGGAACUGCAUUGCUGGAGAAUGUGGACCCCAACCCUGAGAACUUUGUGUGUGCUGGAGUCAUCCAGACCAAGGCCCAGCAGGUGGGCUGUCUUUUGAGACUGGAACCUAAUGCACAAGCCCAGAUGUACCGGCUGACGCUCCGCAGCAGUAAGGACUCGGUCUCCAAGCGCCUCUGUGAGCUUCUGGCGGAGCAGUUUUAGAGCUAGCGCCAAGGCUGGGCUCCGGGCUUCAAACUGUGUCAACCAAGAGAGGAUCAGCAGAACCUUCAGACGUGCUUACAUAAGGGAAAAACAGCUGUCCUCACAUGACAGCCAUAUGUUAUUGUUAUUAUUAUUGUCAUGAUAAUUAUUGCUAUAAUUAUUGUUUUUAUUGGUGUUUACCUGUGUGUAUGUCUGUGUGCGAUUGCGUGCGUUUCAGGAUUUCGGUGAUUCGGUCUUUCGUUGAAUUUACUUAAUCUCGUACUUGUAUUGACAGCCGGUUGCCGUGGGAGAGGGAGAGACCAACGAUGGCGAUCUCUCAUUUUCUCCUUCAGUCUUCAUUCCAAUACUGCCAGUGACAUUUCAAUCUGACAGCAUUCCUAGUUGAUAAAAUCCACGCACACAAACACACAGGUGUGCACACACGUUCGUAUCUGUAUAAGCCUGUAUUUCUAUACGACAACGUUCGGCUUUGUACCGUUGCUGCCCACAGCAACACUCGGCCCUAUUGUAAGAGUUCUAACAAAAAGUCCUCGCUUCACCUGCCUGUUGGUUGAAUAGAAUUGGCCAGUGCACUUUAUGAGAUAGACAGCUUGAGAGCUUCUACUAUGCGCUUUCCCAUCCCUCGCCACCUUUGUUGAAAUUGAACCAUUCCCUAUUAGAGUAUGUUGAUGAAGUUCAGUUGUUCCUCCUGAAUUUUGCUUUCCUUAACAAAACAAGCUUUUCUUGUACUGACAGACACUACAGUGUGCUCUCUUAUGCAGGUUCCCCCUCCUUGUCCCUCUGAUAUUCCUGCUUCCAGUCUGCGCACAGGGCACAAACUGUUACUCACAGUACCUGGGUCUUGGAGGUUCAGCUUUUUUGUAGCAGCCUUGCAUUAGCAUGGACUGCAGUUCUAAAAUAUACAUACAUGAAAUUAUUGAUAGUCGUUUUAACACUUCCUUGAUAUUGUCUCUGAAUGUAUAUCGACAUGUUAACUGUUUAACAUUCCAGGAUAUAUAUUAAGGCAUUUCUUGGGGUAGCUGGACCAGAUCCUUUGAUUCUGAUUGACAGUGUUCGUAUGCAACUUGGAGUGGCCUGCUAGGUCUUUAUUCUUCUGUGUGUGCACCAAGCAGGGACUUACCAUUCUGCGUGUCUCCAAAGUCUCUGUGCGUGUCCGUGUGGGUGUGUGUCUGUGCGUGCGUACGUGCGUGCGUGUGUGUGCAUGCUGAAAGCUGAUAUUUUAAAACCAUCUGUCUCCUGAUGCACUUUUACUUUAGACUGAAAAUGACCGUUGUGCCCCUGGACUUGGUAUGUACACGCAGUCAAAAUAUACUAUUAUUCAAUUGCACCACAGGGUUUGUGUUGAUUUUGUGGCUGUGCGUUGCUCAUAAUAAACACCCAGGAUGUUCUGGGACACUGUUAUAUUAGAUGAAUAAGGAGCCACUAUCAUGAUGUUUGCGUGGGUAAGAGUAACUGCUUCCUCUAAGCUUUCAAUGAAGUACUGUGGUCAUGCUCAUUUUAGAUAAUUCAGGAGUCAUUGUCAUUGUAUUUGUCUAUACGGUAUCGCUAGCUGCACAGCCAGGUGUAUCAGUGUAAAAUCUGUCAGAAACUUGUGUUAGAAUUGCUCUGUACUGAACAAUGUGAAAGUAAAAGUAUACCUUGUAUCCA